GCCUGUUAAGUAGUCAGUGGCUUCCGUCCUCCUCAUGUCCUUCUGCUUGUGAGCUUCUGGCUCUUCUUCUUGCCUCUUACAGUGGUUUUAGUUUCUGUGACCUACUGACCCGAUUGCUCCUUCCCAGAACCUGCUUAGAUAGCUUCCCUCCAGGAACCUGUCUCCAGAAAUGCAGUUGGAAGCACAGUGCCUUCAAUUUCCCCUUGAAAACCACAUACCCCAGCUCACUGUAUUUGCCUGUCUAUUUUAUAUAGCAUACCCUCCCUGUCUCCCUCAUUUAACCUAGGUAAAUUUUAGGCUCCGCCAUCCUCACAACUGCCUUUCAUUCUGUUAGAUCACUGUCUCCAACCAAACAUGUAAAUAGCAGGUAGACCACAAACACUAUGAAGUAAAUAAGAACCACUGUGUGUUUCAUAGUAAUUGGAAAUAAUUUUGGAGGUUACUUUCUUACCCUAAACUUUCAUUCUGCUCAUUUAUCUAUCAAAUAAUUAUAGAAUGCCUCUGUAUAUCAGGAAUUAUGAUAGUUGCCCCGAUUCAACUCUGAAAAUGCCCUAAUAGUCAUGAUAGUAUUUAUCAUGUAGUAGAAGAAAUAGUUAACAAGUACAUUAUGUCCAACAUAUAGAGAUCAAGAGAGGAAGCUGGAAUGCUACGGGCACAGGCAGAGGGGUGGCCAUCCAGAUUUUAGAGUCAGGAGGAAGUGGUACUUGGUCCCUUACUUAGUCUCUCAGUUGAUGAAAGGGGACACAUGCUCCAAGCAAAAGAAGAAAAAAGAUCCACUGUAUAAGGGUGGUCGUGGUGAGGGGCCUAUGUUAUAGGGUGGGCAGUGUCUAAUGGGCCAGAAGGUAGAUAAAGCAAUAGAAGGCCUAGUGGAGGGGAGAGCAGCCAGACUUUUUAGGAAAAAUAGUCUUUAGCAGUUAGUGAUGAAUGCAUAAUGGAAAAAGUACACAGAACUAGCAGUCAUUGGGAGUGGACUAGAUUAGAAGACUGGGGAAAGGAGACUCAGUUUCUCUUUUUAAUCUCUUUCCUUUAUUAUAGCUCUUGGCAAGUAUGAGGCAAAAGCCUCGUGAAGCAGAUGUGCAGCAGAAUUCUCCACCUUUUGAUAGGCCGCUGAGUGCUGAGGGGACCACAGAUCCAAGGAAAGACAGCGUCAGAGAAGAUAUGGCUGCCAGAGAAGAGAGUACACAAAGUGCCAGCAGAGUGCUGAGGAUAAGUCAGCUGGAUGCACUUGAACUGAAUAAGGCCCUGGAGCAGCUCGUGUGGUCCCAGUUCACUCAGUGUUUUCAUGGAUUUAAGCCAGGACUGUUAGCUCGCUUUGAGCCAGAAGUGAAAGCAUUUCUGUGGCUUUUCCUGUGGAGGUUCACCAUCUAUUCCAAAAAUGCCACUGUGGGGCAGUCAGUUUUAAAUAUUCAGUACAAAAAUGAUUCUUCUCCCAACCCAGUAUACCAACCACCGAGUAAAAAUCAGAAACUGUUGUAUGCUGUGUGCACUAUUGGGGGAAGGUGGUUAGAAGAACGAUGUUAUGAUUUGUUUCGAAACCGACAUUUAGCGUCUUUCGGGAAAGCCAAACAAUGCAUGAAUUUUGUGGUUGGACUUUUAAAAUUAGGUGAGUUGAUGAACUUCUUGAUUUUUCUACAAAAAGGAAAGUUUGCAACUUUGACAGAACGCCUCCUUGGCAUUCAUUCUGUAUUUUGCAAGCCCCAGAGCAUGCGCGAAGUUGGCUUCGAGUACAUGAAUAGGGAACUUCUCUGGCAUGGCUUUGCCGAAUUUCUGGUUUUCCUCUUACCGCUCAUCAAUAUCCAGAAGUUGAAAGCCAAGUUGUCUUCCUGGUGCAUCCCCCUUACCAGCGCUGCUGGUAGUGACAAUACACUAGGCAGCAGUGGAAAAGAGUGUGCUCUAUGUGGAGAGUGGCCCACAAUGCCUCAUACUAUUGGAUGUGAGCAUGUGUUUUGUUACUACUGUGUUAAGAGUAGCUUCCUAUUUGACAUGUACUUUACGUGCCCUAAGUGUGGCACAGAAGUGCACAGUGUGCAGCCACUGAAAUCAGGAAUUGAAAUGUCAGAAGUGAAUGCUCUUUAGAAACCAAGUUGUUUCCUCUGAGGAAAGUGUAUUGUAUCCAAUUCCUUCGAAUUCGUCAUCUUCAGUGUCAUCUGUAGGUGGCUUUUAGCAGGAGUGUGCUGUGCGGCCACUCUCUUCCUUUCCAAGCACAACUCAGUUCUAAUCACUGGAAACCAAGUGAUUCUAGAGAAUCUUAUAAAUGCUCAUGUUAUUUUUUGAUCCCUAAUACAAUUUUUAAUGUCAAGAAUAAUGGAAAAUUUUGUCAGAUGAAUACCAAGAAUGACUAAGAAUGCUCCUGCAUAGAAAAAGGUCAGACUCUAAAAAUAAAAGAUUUUUGAGGCUCUG